GCUGUGGAAGGGUUGCAUGCUCGAAGCUGCAUUUACACGCGCAUGCACACACACUCAUACAGCGUGCUUCUCACUGCGCAUACCACAUCACACAUCAUACAUCAUACAUUACACGCAGCACACAUACACACACACACAUCACAUCGCACACACACACACAUCACAUCACAUCAUACAUUACACAUCGCAUGAUGGCCCACACAUCGUGGCCAUGUCUCUGCCUUGCUCAAUGGGCGGUGCUGAUUGCAGCGUUGGCUGCCGCCUUUACAUCAGCGCCUGCUGCUGCUUGGGUAAACAACUUUGAUGCUACCUUUGACUACUCCUGCAGCGCAUUCGUUGGCGUCACCAGCGAGCACAGCAACUUGAACGAGGACCGACGAUGGAGCUUCACGUGCGACACGCUUGGUGCGGGCAGCAGCACACCGACCACGUUCUUUACGGGCUACUAUUCCGAGGGAUACUACGACCAGGCCAUCACGUACAGCUGUGGCACCGAUUUGUUCCUGAACCGGCUGCAGUCCCAGCACUCCAACAAUUAUGAGGACCGCAUUUUCGCGUUUGGAUGCGCAUCUGCCCCUGGUGCCAAGCUCUUUGGCUGCACAUACACGGGCUACCUCAACGGCAUGGAUGGCCUGCUCAAUUUCAACGCCGCGAGCAACCAAGUCCUUGCAGGGCUGUCAAGCUAUCAUGACAGCGGCCCGGAGGACCGCGUGUGGAGGGUGCGGUAUUGCGAAGUUGGGUGUGAUCUUGACGGCAACUACAUCAACGACGCAACAAACCCGCGGCAGUGCACAGCGCUGACGACGGCGACGCUCGGAAGCGACAUUGACUUUGAGAACGCGGCAGAGGAGACGUUUGCGUCCGAAUGUCCCGAUUUCCAGGCGAUGAAGAUCUUCUACUCGGAAUACGACAGCGCAACACAGGACCGCUUGUUCCAGCUCGGGUGCAGCGCCAUUGCGGAUGGCGGGUCUUUCCCGCGAAACGCCUGGUCGUCAGCAACAUAUGGCAACCUGCAGGCGUUUUUCGACUUCACGUGCCCACCAAACACAUUUGUGACUGGCAUGCGUUCCCAGUUCAUUUCAUCAUCGCUGGAUCGCGCGUACUCCUUCCAGUGCAGCUCAGCCCCAAACACCGAUGUCUCUACCACCACGUGCAUCACCACCACCAGGAAUUCGCUGUACGCAACCGUGGACGUCUUCGUCAACGAGACUUACGCAAUCACCGGUGUCAACGCCUUGUAUGAUACGUCUGGCAAUGUCGACCGCCAGUUUUCCUUGACUGCUUGCCAGCUGGAAUGCCACACUGGAUUCAGGCUUGACAUUGAUGGCGUGUGCCGAGUUGGUUGUUAG